CUGACACCGCCUCCACCUGAGCCUGGAGUUACCCCUCCUUCCCCGGCGGAGUGCUUCGUCCUCUGCUCCGGUAUAUGUUGUUGUGCAAGAGCAAGCAGGCUGUUGCCCUUGGUUACUGCCUGGGCCUUGGCGUUCCAUUCUCGCAGCAGCGGCUAAGCUCGCGUUGUAAAGAUCCCUCAUUCCUUCCCAUGGGCUUGUGACUCCCAGAGAAGCCUUGCGGCUGAGGAGUGGGUGAUGGUGGUAGGCGCGGGCAAGCUUCGCCAGGGAGCUUUGCAAGCGGAACAGGCCCGGCUACAGGCCCAUUUGUUUGAAUUCAGAUGGAAAAAUAUGAGAUCCUUGGACUUGUGGGAGAAGGAAGUUACGGAAUGGUAAUGAAGUGCAGAAACAAGGAGAAUGGCAGAGUAGUUGCCAUCAAAAAAUUUUUGGAAAGUGAAGAUGAUAAAAUGGUUAAAAAAAUUGCCAUGAGGGAAAUCAAACUUCUCAAGCAAUUAAGGCAUGAGAACUUGGUGAACCUGCUGGAAGUCUGUAAAAAGAAAAAACGAUGGUAUCUGGUGUUUGAAUUUGUAGACCACACAGUCCUUGAUGAUCUUGAGAUGUUUCCCAAUGGCUUGGAUUAUAACAGAGUUCGAAAAUACUUGUUUCAGAUUAUAAAGGGGAUAGGAUUUUGUCAUAAUCAUAAUAUCAUACACAGAGAUAUUAAACCUGAGAAUGUAUUGGUCUCCUGUUCGGGAAUUAUCAAACUCUGCGAUUUUGGAUUUGCUCGAACACUGGCAGCUCCUGGCGAAGCUUACACAGAUUAUGUGGCGACACGGUGGUAUCGCGCUCCUGAGCUGUUAGUUGGUGAUAUCAAAUAUGGCAAGGCUGUUGAUGUAUGGGCCAUUGGCUGCCUGGUAACUGAAAUGCUUACAGGAGAGCCCCUUUUCCCUGGAGACUCUGAUAUUGACCAAUUAUACCAUAUUAUGAAAAGUCUAGGUAACUUAAUUCCAAAGCACCAAGAGCUAUUCUAUAAAAAUCCUCUCUUUGCUGGAGUGAGAUUGCCCGAAAUCAGAGAGCUAGAACCUCUUGAAAAACGAUACUCCAAGCUGUCCGUUAUAGUCAUAGAAUUUGCAAAGCAAUGUCUGCAAACUGAUCCAGAGAAGAGGCCAUCUUGUAAUGAGCUGCUGCAGUGCAACCUCUUUAACAAAGAUGGGUUUACUGAAAGGUUUGUUCAAGAACUUAAAGUGAAGAUUCAGAAAGAAAAAGAACACUCUUUACGCAAGAAAUCUAGAAUAAACAGGAAUGACAAAGAUGAUACAGGUGAUGAAAGAAAAAUGCUUUUAAUCCAGGAUUUAAGUGUAGAUUCAAAGCACAGAGAUUCCAAGCUGUUCAGAACGAAAGUAUCUAAGGCUGACGUACUGAAAUCUGAGAGAUCAUCAUGCAUGAGUUUCCUGUAUGAUAACACUGCUGGACAAAUUAAUGCAAUUCCAACAUAUCUGAAGGAUUCAAAUAAUAGUCUAGAAUAUGCGAAGAAUCCAAGCAUGGUAAUUCCUCCCAUUGCACAGAACUAUUCCACCACACCAUCCAGCAUCAGUGGGACCCCCACAAUAGGGACAAGAUUGGCAACCCAUAAUUACAGAACUGAUGAGAAAACCAAAAUUUAUUUCAAUCCUUGCUUCAAGCAAGGCAAAAAAUCACCAGCAGGUCACUACAAUGUGAACUUAACAACAUCGAUGUCAAAAGAGAACAAUGCCCUUCAGUCCCUCAAGAAAAAGUGGGAGUUUUCUAAAGCAGAUGUCCAUUUGCCAGAGCUUAAUUCCAGCCAUCUCCCUGAACUCAAAGGUGUGGAUGGUAAAGCUUGGAAUUCCAGAUUUCUGAAGAAAGAAAACAAAAUUGUUCCAGAGUCUCGCAUGCCAUCCCUUGCCACAAUAGAUCUUCAAAAUUCAAGCCUGGGUCUGCAUCAGAUGUCUGGAAGCUCCUUGCAAGAUACUUCAGAAGCCACCUUCCCCAGAGUAGAGCAUUAGUAACAAGUGGAAUUGGCAACUCUUACAUGAUGCCCACUGAUAUGCACCUGCAGCACUUUCAUACCCUUAACAUGGAGGUACUUUGAAGUUGGGGGAUGGGGAGGCAGUUGCAAGUAUUUUGCUAUAGCUAGGAUAAUGGCAGUAAAAGGAAAAAAAAUCAAAUUAUUUUAUAGUAACCAUGGUACUAAGACUACUACUUCUUUUAUAACAUGAUGUGUAUGAACAAAAUAAUCUACAGUUAAUCAUUUCAGUGAUCUUGAAGACUGAUAUAAUUCAGUAGGAAAGUGUUGAGGGAAGGGAUCUGGGUUCACAUCAUACAGUAAGUCAGGCUUUUAAAAACAUUUAAAAAAAACUAGCUGUUCACACAUCAUGGUAAACAGCAAACAAAUCAGACAUAGGCAUCCAUGAAGGCCAAAGCUGAGCAAGUGAUGAAACAUGUAUCACAACAUUGCAACACAAACUCCACCCCUUACAUACUUUCAUUCAACAUUGCAAUACAAAUUGCAAGGACAGAACAUGUAUUGUGAUAUUCCAACACUUAUUUCAUAAUUUUGGCAUCAUGGCUAUCCGUAGAUGCCUAUGAAAUUAUAUUAUGUCUUAGCAUGAAGUAUGAGGUCAAGCAUGUAAGUACUUGGACAAGGGCAGGCAGAUUUUACAGCACUGUGGUCAAUAAUGUGUAUUUUACAGGCAUUCAUUUUUGUUUCAACUUUUUUAUUUAAAACUUGCUAUGUAAUUUGCAAAUUGAAUUGAAGUCAUAAAGAAAUCAGCAAUAUUUAAAUGACAGAAAGGAAGCAGGACAACUUCAGUGCAUUCAAGAAGAGUAGGAUGAGGGUAUAGUUAUGCGAUAAGGCUAAGUUGUCAUAAUCAUUCCAUUCUAAAGAAAAAUUUGUACACAGGGAGCUAAGUAUUUCUUAACAGAUUUUUUUUUCACUUUCACCAAACUGCAGUUCUUAAGAUCCUCUGGAGUAGAGGUAGAGACAUAUCAUACUGUUAAAUUCUAGAUGUGGGGGAGCAAAAUUAUGGGGAGGGCCAUUGACUUGAUAUCCUGUUCUGUAGCUUUCUUUGAAGAACCUCGUUCAUUCCAGUGGAAAAUAAAAUUUUGGGCUAAUUAGCCUUAACUCUAAUCUAGCAGGGUUCUUCUGUAAACCCUUAACGUGAAGCAAAAUUAGUAUAAGUUCCAUUAAGAGAAGCCCGCAGUGAAUUCAUACCAGUGAAACUAUGGACUGAUUCUGACAGUAUACAACAAUAUAACCUAGUUUGUUUGGUUUUAGCUUAGCAUUUUGUAUAAACCCAGCCAGUUGUGGUUUAUUCAAGACAGCAUGCUUAUGUUAACUAUGACUAUGUAAACCAGGCCUAGUAAUGGUAUUUUAGGAAAAAGAGCAGAUGAUGCUUUGCUAUAAAACUAUUCCUUAAUAUUAUUUUUAUGCUUUGGGUUAAAAUUUAUCAGUUACAGUUCAUAUUUAUGGCAAUGUCUAUGACAAAUAUUUUCCCUCCAUAAUAAACUAACUUUGGAUGAUUUUGAAAAAAACUCAACAGGAUUUGAUGUGGUUAGUACUUGUAUAAGAGAUCACCAAGAAAUUGCAAGGCUAUAGACUAGACUGGGAAGUUGAAAAAAAUUGACCACCAGUCAAGCUCAGCAAUGAAGUAACCAAGAGUCAAAUUCAACUCAAGGGGUACUUUUCUUUUGUGUAAGAUUUCUGCCAAGACUGAGAGAAUAUUUGCAGACAUGCAUAACUGUGUGUUUAUCUAUUCAUCUUCUGGUUUACACUGAAUUAUCUUCAUGCAGUUACAAGCAUGCACUCAAGGAAAAUCAGCAUUCCCAAACGUUGGGUUUGAAAACUGGCUUUCUGUAAACUAGCCUUGCUCUCUAUUUGCCCUUCAGUUAUCCUUUGCCAUGGAUCUAACAUAAUGACAUACUCAUAGCUCUUUAACACUGUGAUAGUUGUAUGAAAAUUGAAGUUAAUGUUAUUUGAGUAGUACUUUUUUUUACCAUCACUGCACCCAAAUAAAGUGAAUUGAUCAUAGGCUUUUCUAAAGCAUUCUUAGUAUAAGAUAUAUUAUUGAAGAUGCUUAGAAAGUGUGUUGUGAAUAUCAGUGUUGUUUGUAUAUAUUUGCCUUUAUAACUCUUCUCAACACAUUUGGAAGUUCUCGGCAUUGUUACCAUUUUGAAUAAACAGAUAGGUGACAUGUUUAACUGCCAGAUAAUAAUAAAAUUGUAAUUAUUAUUGUUAGAAUACCAGUGGUAUUUCGUAUCUACACCAAGGAUGGGCAAUCUGAGCACCAGGUGGGUCCUUACCCACCCACCAGCUUCCCAUUGGCAGCCUCUCCAGAUUGAGCAAAACUGAAUAUUACAGAGCCACAUUUUUUCCAUUUUGGUGAUUAAGGGAACUUUAAAGGGCAAAUCCAGUGCUUUGCGGUACCAACUGCCCUGCUUACAAAUGCCUACAUCUCCUCCCAUAGCUAUUUUGUGAGUACAGAGGCAAAAUAGGCCCUUAAGUCUCCAUAAGGCUUAAGGUAGCAGUUC